AUGCUCCAAAUUCUCAAACCAUCAAGAAUAUCCCGAUUGCUUCACAGCACCACCACCAGACGACUCUACCAUUCAACCGACCACACAGGUACCAAUACAAUCAUCAACCCCCAACUCAUUGAAUCGAAAAUCUUGACCAAAGCUAUUGACUAUAUCCCCGAAUACGGGUUCGAGCCACGCACAAUCACGAAAGCGAUUCACGAGUUGCAAUAUCCCGACUCGUUGAUUCUGGUGUUGACGAGUUCUCCACUGGGAUAUUCUCUUUCGAUGCAGUUGAUGCUCCAUUGGUUGAAAUCGAAACGACAAGAAUUGGAAACGUUUGCAAAUGGAAAUAUUGAGGGUGGUGGUGAAGCUGGAGCUGCAUUUGGAGCUUCCGCUGGUAUUUCAACCGAAGGUGACAAAUUGAAACAAUUGAUCAAGUACCGGUUACUAUUGAACAACCCCAUCAAGUCAAAAUUAUCCCAAGGCUUGAGCCAAUUAGUAGUGCCUUACAAUCUAUCAGCCUCAAUCGAAGAAUUGCUCAACUUGGGAGACGACUUGGCAUACUACGCCGGCGACAAGUCCAAUGAUUUCGCAUGGUACCUGAAACGAGCCACAAUAUGUUCAAUCUACGUCAAGAGCGAGUUGUUUCUGUUGAAUGACGACACGGCUGACUUGUGGUUGACUAAUCAGUUUGUGGACGAGCGCGUUGAUGAUUAUGUGAAGUUGGGUCAGGGAUAUAAUAACGUGGAACAAUGGAUUGAUUUUAAUGCUGUGUCCGUGAUUAAUUUGAUCAAGUCUCAAUUGGCUAGAGGGUGA